AGUUGGGUCCUCUCUCUCUUGCUUCCUCCUUUUCUGGGUUUUCUGGGUUCUUCCUACAAACAAAUGGAAGGCAAAUAGAUGGGGGAGAAGAGAAACUUGAGAUUGAAAUGAGAGACUGAAAUGGAGGGAGCAGAGGAAGAGUUGGAGAGAAGAAGCAGAUUCUUGAGUAGUCUCAUACAGAAGAAGAAAACGAUCGAACAGCAAGAACAGCAUGAGCAACUCAACGUUCGAGUCAGGGCCGCUGACAUGCCCGUCGCCUUACAACACCGUGCGUUCCGAUGUGCCAGAGACUCCCUCGACUCCAUGCCCAAAAAACUCGACAGUAAACGCCUAGCACUUGCUCUUAAGAAGGAAUUUGACACAUCAUAUGGUCCAGCCUGGCACUGCAUUGUCGGAACAAGUUUUGGCUCAUAUGUUACCCAUUCCCAAGGAGGUUUCUUGUACUUCAACAUUGACAAAGUUUACAUCCUACUAUUCAAGACUGCUGUUGAGCCCCUGGGUCAUUGACAAUGAUCAUGAUUUGAGUUUUACAAGCAUUUGUGUCAGUUCCAUGGUAUUCAGGAAAUAUAAAUUUACAAAUUUUAUUUGUAAUGUAAAUUUAUAAAGACCAUGUAUCAUUCCUUUCAUAUGUUUUACUCUCUCUGGUUAUGUCUAGAAUGAAGACUCUGGGACAUGCAAAUACAAGGAACCCAUUUUGUGCUUUCUACUACCUGUAUUGAACAGGCCUUUUCCU